CGGCCGCUAACUUCCUUGUCUGGUGUACGGCAUAAGUAUCGUUGAAACCGACCCCCGAGUGGAUUUUUCGCCGCCGGACAACAUGGCGAACGCAUUGACGGCUGCCUGUGCCAUCUGUGUGAUCAUGUGCUCCUGUCUGGUGCUUGCAGAUGAAAACUGUUUCGUAGUGGCGCCCAAUGUCUUCAGAGUGGGGACCAAGGAAACUCUCGCGGUCAUGGUGGACGGUGGUCCAAAGAGAGUGACUGUGACGCUUCGUAACUUCCAGGAUAGCCCGACGAAUUUCUUUUACUGGUCAUCCCCUGUGAGCACCGGUUCUCCCCAAAUUGCUGACAUCAUCGUGCGUGCGAUCGAUGUGCCCGAUCUGCAGUACGAACAGAACAAUGUCUAUGUCACGCUGGAAGUUACGUGCGGCACUUUGUGGACAAGGCGUACGCAGGUCCUGGUGAGCCCUGCGUCGGGCGAGCAUUUUUUCCUACAGAUCGAGAAGCCCAUAUACCAUCCCGGAGAAGAAGGCAAGAUGAAGAUAAGUGGAUUAAUUGUUAGGCGGCCGCAUUCCGUGAGUGCCGCCGUGCCCGUUAACCCGGCCUUGCACGAGAAUCCCCAGAACGUGAUCGUUGAAAGAACCGAAUUUCAGCCCCGAAGAGACUUGCUACUGACACACACCUAUCACCUACCAGAACGCACGCUUCUCGGAGAGUGGUCACUUCUCAUCAAGCACGGCUACAACGUAUGGCUGACGCUCCUCCUAAUUCGGGAUCACAAUGACUUGAAGAAAAUAAGCUUGCCAUGA